AUGCGCCUCGACGGACAGAGGGCUUUGAGGCGCGAGCGGGUGUUCCGCCCUCGGAUUACGGUGAACGACGUGCCGGAGCACAUUUUAGAACGAUACUACCGCCUGCCGAAGGAGGCCGUGCUUCGGCUGUGCGACGUGGUCGCCUCAACUCUUCGUCGGCCGACAAAGCGGAGUUGUGCACUGCCGGUCGACGUGCAGGUGCUGGUGGCGCUACGCUUUUACGCGAGCGGUAGCUUCCAAUCCGUGGUAGGCGAGGUGCGACACCUGAGCCAGGCGAGUACCUCACGAAUCGUCAACAACGUGAGCCAGGCCCUCGUCCUGAUAGCCGGGGAGGCGAUUUGCUUCCCAACGUCACGGCGAGCAGCGUCCCUCACUUCGAUCGGUUUCCUCGGGAUCGCUGGCUUCCCACGGGUGCUCGGCUGCAUAGACGGCACCCAUGUGGCCAUCAAGGUGUCCAAGGAGGACAAACCAGUUUACCUCAACCGCAAUGGAUACACUUCGAUUAACGUCCAGGCUGUGUGUGAUGCCAACAACGUAGUGACCCUGCUGACUGUCAAGUGGCCUGGCAGCACCCACGACAGUUUUAUGUGGAGGAAUUGUGACCUCUAUGAGAAGUUCUGUGCUGGCACUGCCCCUGAUGGCUGGCUGCUUGGGGAUGCUGGCUACUCCGUGCAGCCCUGGCUAAUGACCCCAAUCAGGGCACCGAAGGAUGAACCGGAGGAAGAGUACAACGAGGCGCUGACGAAGACCCGACAGGUCAUUGAGCGAACGUUUGGACUCCUCAAGUCCAGAUUCAGGUGCCUGGACAAAUCUGGAGGAGUACUCCAGUACAAGCCUCAGAUCUGCUGCCGCAUCACUGUGGCCUGCGUAGUUUUACACAACUACUGCAUGCGCCACCAUGUGUCCUUCAACGAACCACUAGGUAAUAUAAUAGGCCCUUUCCACAAUUUAAGCGCUCCUGGCAGCAAGGCAGUUUGA